AUGGCUUCUGCCGACGGCGUCUUCGACUAUAUAAUAGUUGGUGGCGGCAUUGCUGGCUGCACGCUCGCUUCUCUCUUGUCGAAAUCAAAGCCAUCGCCCUCUGUUCUAUUGAUUGAAGCCGGCCCUGAUGUGUCGAAUCGCCCACUAACCCAGGCUCCUGUGGCCUGCUUCGCCGCAGACGGAUCCGACAUUGACUGGAAUUAUAAAACUGUGCCUCAGUCCCACCUCGACAAUCGACCUCUAUAUGAAGCCGGUGGGAAAGCCCUCGUUGGCGGUAGCGCAACCAAUUAUGCCACCUGGACUCGUGGAUCGAGAUUCGACUAUGACCGAAGAGCGGUCUCGGAGAGCAGCUCUAACCGCAAAUAUCCAUUGCGAGAUCAAGUGUUGAAGGCCUGGCUUGGUCUUGGACUGGACAAAAUCGCAAACGCCAACAAUGGUGAUCCCCUAGGUGUCGGAGAAAUGGUCGAGAGCUGGAAGGAUGGGAGAAGACAGCUGACGAGCAUGGCAUUUGAUUUGACAGACGUCACAGUCAUGACGGAAAUACUGUCGCAAACGGUGCUUCUCGAGGAGCAAAGCGGCAAGCUUGCCACCAAAGGAGUACAAUUUCAUGACGGCAGGCAUUUUCUGGCAUCAAAAGAAGUCAUCCUCUCGGGAGAGGCAUUUCGCACGCCACAGCUUCUCAUGCUCAGUGGUAUUGGUCCAGCCGCAGAAUUGAAGAAAGAGAACAUCCCACCUCAGCAUAUCUUCCACCUCGGCACUAGACCCUCCAGUGAUUAUCCUAACUACAACGCACCAAGUGUUGCUACUACACUCCUGCGUUACGGCAUUCGCCGCUUGCUCAAAGCCGUUCACAACUCCAUGUCUGACGUGGUCGAGUCGGAGAAUCCUCCGCCUCCAUUCGAAGCCUUGGCCAUUUCGUCUUCUGAUGAAGCAAUCGAUGCCCGGGUGAAUUCCGAAGCCCAUACUUUCUUUCAUGCGGCAGGAACAGCCAGUAUGGGGUCCGUAUUGGACACGAAAUUGCGAGUCAAGGGCGUUAGUGGCUUACGAGUCGUGGAUGCAAGCGUGAUUCUAUUGCCAAUUGGCGCCCGCCUUCAGGUAGCGGCCUAUGCCAUUGCUGCUCACGCCGCGGAUUUGAUCGGGCAGGAAUGA